ACUCCAUUUUGAGUCGACAGAGCAGAAGGAGGAAACUGAAGGCUGAGGCAGGACUGACUGAAGGCCAGAAGAUGAGUGUUUGUGUGGAGGAAGAGGAGGACAGAGCAGAGUCUCCAGGAUCCAGCUGUCUGUCUCUGAAGAGUGACCAGUCUAAUGAUCAUCCUCCAAACUUCAAUAAUGAACCUGGACCCUCAGACACAAAACAGAGAGCAGAGUCUCCAGGAUCCAGCUGUCUGUCCAUGAAGAGUGACUGGUCCAAAGAUCAUCCUCCAGGCUUCAGUAAUGAACCUGGACCCUCAGACACAAAAGAGAGGAAGAGGAGUCCUGUUUCUGUGGAGGAGCAGCCGACCUGCUGUGCUUUGUGUCAGGACGUCCUGAAGGAUCCGGUCUCUACCAGCUGUGGACACUGGUUCUGCAGACGGUGCAUCACCUCAUACUGGGACCAGUCUGCUUCAUCAGGAGACUCCUCCUGUCCCCAGUGUGGAGACAGAUCCAGAACAAGACCUGGACUGCAGACAGCCCGUCAGACCAGCACUGUACAAAUGAGUGGUGGUCUGCAGGAGGUUUUAGAUGAACAUAAGAUCAGUCUGAGGAGGAGAUGUGAACGUGUGACUGAAGGAAGUGAUGAAACAGGAAGUGGAGCCCUCCUCAACAGGAUCUACACUGAGCUCUACAUCACAGAGGGACAGAGUGAAGAGGUUAAUACCCAACAUGAGGUGAGGCAGCUUGAGGCAGCUUCCAAGACGGAGACCCUCCAUGACACUCCAAUCAAGUGCCACGACAUCUUUAAAGCCUUACCCGGCCAACAGGGACUCAUCAGAGUCGUUCUGACGAAUGGCGUCGCUGGCAUUGGAAAAACCUUGAAAGUGCAGAAGUUCACUCUGGACUGGGCAGAGGGCUUGGAAAACCAAGACGUCAGUCUGCUGAUUCUGCUUUCGUUCAGGGAGCUGAACUUGAUCAGAGAUGCGCGGUACAGUCUUCUCCAGCUGCUCCAUGUUUUCCAUCCAACAUUACAGAAGGUCACAGCAGAGAAGCUCGCUGUCUGUAAACUUCUGUUCAUCUUUGACGGCCUGGAUGAAAGCAGACUUUCACUGGAUUUCCACAACAAUGAGGUCGUGUCUGAUGUCACACAGAAGUCAUCAGUCAACGUGCUGCUGACAAACCAUCGAGGGAAUCUGCUUUCCUCGGCUCUCGUCUGGAUCACUUCCCGACCUGCAGCAGCCAAUCAGAUCCCUCCUUCAUAUGUUGGCAGGGUGACAGAAGUACGAGGCUUCACUGACGCCCAGAAGGAGGAGUACUUCAGGAGGAGAGUCAGUGAUGAAGAGCUGUCCAGCAGAAUCAUCUCACACAUCAAGACAUCCAGGAGCCUCCACAUCAUGUGUCUAAUCCCAGUCUUCUGCUGGAUCACUGCUACAGUUCUGGAGCACAUGUUGACUACAGACCAGAGAGGAGAGCUGCCCAAGACCCUGACUGACCUGUACUCACACUUCCUGCUGGUUCAGACAAAGAGGAAGAAGCAGAAGUAUGAUGAGGGACAUGAGACGAGUCCACAGGAGCUGACGGAGGCUGACAGGGAAGUUCUUCUGAAGCUGGGGAGGCUGGCGUUUGAACAUCUGGAGAAAGGAAACAUCAUGUUCUACAAAGAAGACCUGGAGCAGUGUGGUCUGGAUGUCUCAGAGGCCUCGGUGUACUCGGGAUUCUGUACAGAGAUCUUCAAAAGAGAGAGUGUGAUCUUCCAGAAAACAGUCUACUGCUUUGUUCAUCUGAGCGUUCAGGAGUUUCUGGCUGCCGUCUACAUGUUCCACUGUUACACCGACAGGAACAGAAAGGUACUGAAGGACUUCCUGGGGAAGAACUGGAAAUACAGGGGCUCAAACCCAAAGUCUUUUCUCAAGAAGAUUCUUAUGCAUUUUGGAAACAACCCAUCCCUGGAUGUCUUCCUGAGAAGAGCCAUGGAGAAAUCCCUUGAAAGUAAAAAUGGGCACCUGGACCUGUUUGUCCGUUUCCUUCAUGGCCUCUCUCUGGAGUCCAACCAGAGACUCAUAGGAGGCCUGUUGGGUCAAACAAAGAGAAGAUCAAAAAGCAUCCAGAGAGCCAUCAACAACCUGAAGGAUAUGAACAUGUAUAAUAUAUCUCCUGACAGAAGCAUCAACAUCUUCCACUGUCUGACAGAGAUGAACGACCACUCAGUACAUCAGGAGAUCCAAGAGUUCCUGAAGUCAGAGAACAGAUCAGAGAAGGAACUCUCUGAGAUCCACUGCUCAGCUCUGGCCUACAUGCUGCAGAUGUCAGAGGAGGUUUUGGAUGAGUUGGACCUGAAGAAGUACAACACAUCAGAGGAGGGACGACUGAGACUGAUUCCAGCUGUGAGGAACUGCAAAAAGGCUGUGUAA